AAGUAUGUAAAAAUGCAGUGCACUGUGAGUACCCAGGUGGUGCACUCAAAACGGUCAAAAAGUUGAGUAUGGAACUAUGGCAUAGAACAAUAUUUCUCGCCCUCAAUGGUCGCCAUCUUGGCUACGUAGCGGAAGGGGAGGGACCACUUUUCAAACUGGAAAUGGCGGCCGAGUACACGUAACAACGGCGAGCAUCGCCGCUGAAAUGAAAAGAAAGAGGUUCCGCGACGCACACGCGCUGCUCACGCAUCCAGUGUGUCCCAAGCGUCAUAAAGAACGACACACAUGUUUAUCUGAAGACUGUUUCUUGCAUUUAAACCAGAGUCAAAGUUUAUCUUUGUGAUGGCUAGAUGUAGUUAAAUUUAAAGUUAAUGUAAACUAAUAAGAAGCUGCUAACUUGAGAGGUAGAACUGGGUGUAUUAUUUGUGUGUCUCCAGUGUUACUGGUUUACCUCUCAGACUCCACAAGAUGAGUGAUUUGGAGGAAGAGGAGGAUGGAGCAGACUCUCUAACAUCCAGCCUUCUGUCUAUAGAGAUUGACCGGUCUGUAGAUGAUCCUCCAGGCUUCAGUAAUGAACCUGUACCCUCAGACACAAAAGAGAGGAACAUGAGGGGUGUUUCUGUGGAGGAGCAGCUGUUCUGCUGUUCUUUGUGUCAGGACCUCCUGAAGGAUGGAGUCUCUAUUGGCUGUGGACACUUGUUCUGCAGACAGUGCAUCACCUCAUACUGGGACCAGUCUGCUUCAUCAGGAGACUUCUCCUGUCCCCAGUGUGUAAAAAGUUCCAGAACAAGACCUGGACUGCAGACAGACAGUCAGACCAGCACUGUACAAAAAGAUAGUGGUCCGGAGGAGGUUAUAGAUAAGUAUAAGUUUUCACUGAGGAGGAUAUGUCAACAUGUGACUGAAGGAAUUGAUGAAGCAGGAAGUGAAACCCUCCUCAACAGUAUCUACACUAAGCUCUACAUCACAGAGGCAACAAGUAAAGAUGUUAAUACCCAACAUGAGAAAUGGCGGUUUGAAACAGGUUCCAAGAUGGAGACCCUCCACGACACUCAAAUCAAGUGUCAGGACAUCUUUAAAGCCUUACCUGACCAACAGAAAUACAUCAGAGUUGUUCUGAUGAAUGGCGUCGCUGGCGUUGGAAAAACUUUCUCAGUGCAGAAGUUCACUCUGGACUGGGCAGAGGGCUUGGAAAACCAAGAUGUCAAUCUGGUGAUUCCGCUUUCGUUCAGGAAGCUGAACUUGAUCAAAGAUAAGCAGUACAGUCUCCUCAUGCUGAUCCAUGUUUUCCAUCCAACAUUACAGAAGGUCACAGCAGAACAGCUCGAUGACUAUAAAGUUUUGUUCAUCUUUGACGGCCUGGAUGAAAGCAAACUUUUACUGGAUUUCAACAGCAGGAAGGAGAUCGUGUCUGAUGUCACACAGAAGUCAUCAGUCAACGUGUUGUUGACAAACCUCAUCAAGGGGAAUCUGCUUCCUUUUGCUCUCGUCUGGAUAACUUCCCGACCUGCAGCCAAUCAGAUGCCUCGUACAUGUGUUGACAGGGUAACAGAAGUACGAGGCUUCACUGACGUCCAGAAGGAGGAGUACUUCAGGAGGAGAUUCAGUGAUGAAGAGCAGGCCAGCAGAAUCAUCUCACACAUCAAGACAUCUGAGAGCCUCCACAAUAUGUGUCACAUCCCAGUGUUGUGCUGCAUCAUUGCUACAGUUCUGGAGCGAAUGUUGACUACAGACCAGAGAGGAGAGCUGCCCAAGACCCUGACUGACAUGUACUCACACUUCCUGCUGGUUCAGACACAGAGGAAGAAACACAAGUAUGAUGAGGGACAUGAGAUGAGUCCACAGGUUCUGACAAAGAGGAAGAAGCACAAGUAUGAUGAGGGACAUGAGACGAGGCCACAGGAGCUGAUGGACGCUGACAAGGAAGUUCUACUGAAGCUGGGGAGACUGGCAUUUGAACAACUGGAGAAAGGAAACGUCGAGUUCUACCAAAAAGACCUGGAGGAGUGUGGUCUUGAUGUCAAAGAGGCCUCAGUGUUAUCGGGAUUUUGUACAGAGAUCUUAAAAAGACAGAAUGUGAUCUUCCAAAUAACAGUCUACUGCUUUGUUCAUCUGAGCGUUCAGCAGUUUCUGGCUGCAGUCUACAUGUACCACUGUUACACCAGCAGCAACACAGAGGUACUGAAGGCCUUCCUGGGAGAAGAGUACGAACUUAGGAAACCAGAACAAAAGUCUUCCCUCAUGAAGAUUACUGCUUUUUCCAGAAACAAUGACCCAUCUCUGGAUGUCUUCUUGACGGCAGCCAUUGAGAAAUCUCUCAGAAGUGGAAAUGGCCACCUGGACUUGUUUGUUCGAUUCCUUUAUGGCCUCUCUCUGGAGUCCAACCAGAGUCUCUUAGAAGGCCUCCUGGGUCGGACAGAGAACAGUCCAGAAAUCAUCCAGAGGCUCACCAACAACCUGAAGGAGAUGGACAUGUAUGAUAUCUCUCCUGACAGAAGCAUCAACAUCUUCCACUGUCUGAUGGAGAUGAACAUCUACUCAGUACAUAUGAUUCAAAAGUUCCUGAAGUCAGAGAACAGAUCAGAGAAAAAACUCUCUGAGAUCCACUGCUCAGCUCUGGCCUACAUGUUGCAGAUGUCAGAGGAGGUUCUGGAUGAGUUGAACCUGGGGGAGUACAACAUAUCACCUGAGGGACGACGGAGACUGAUCCCAGCUGUGAGGAAGUGCAGAGAGGCUCGACUUUCUCAGUGUGGACUAUCAGAGAAUCACUGUGAAGUUGUGGCCUCAGCUCUCAAGUCUAACCCCUGCCAUCUGAGAGAGCUGGAUCUAAGCUACAACAUGCUGCAGAAUUCAGGACUGAAGCUGCUGUCUGCUGGACUGGAGAGUCCAAACUGUAUACUGGAGACUCUGAGAUUGAGGUACUGCAGUUUGUCAGAGAUCAGCUGUGUUUCUCUGGCCUCAGCUCUGAAGUCCAACCCCUCCCAUCUGAGAGAGCUGGAUCUGAGCUUCAAUGAACUGCAGGAUUCAGUAGUGAAGCUGCUGUGCGAUUUUCUGGAGAGUCCAUACUGUAGACUGGAGACUCUGAGACUGAGGUGCAGCAGUUUAUCAGAGAUCAACUGUGCUUCUCUGGCCUCAGCUCUGAAGUCCAACCACUCCCAUCUGAGAGAGCUGGAGCUAAGCUACAACAAGCUGCAGGAUUCAGGAGUGAAGCUGCUGUGUGAUUUUCUGGAGAGUCCACACUGUAGACUGAAGACUCUGAGAUUGAGAUACUGCAGGUUGUCAGAGAUCAGUGGUGCUUUUCUGGGCUCAGCUCUGAAGUCCAACCCCUCCCAUCUGAGAGAGCUGGAGCUUAGUGACAACAAGCUGCAGGAUUCAGGAGUGAAGCUGCUGUGUGAUUUUCUGGAGAGUCCACACUGUAGACUGGAGACUCUGAGAUUGAGGUACUGCAGUUUGUCAGAGAUCAGCUGUGUUUCUCUGAUCUCAGCUCUGAAGUCCAACCCCUCCCAUCUGAGAGAGCUGGAACUGGGUGGAAACGACUUGCAGGAUUCAGGGGUGAAGCUGCUGUGUGAUCUUCUGGAGAGUCCACACUGUAGAUUGGAGACUCUGUGGUUAGUAGUGGAUUUAAGUCAGUCCAUGUUAAUGAGCCCCUUUAUUUGUCUCAGAGGUGAUAUUUUGGAUGAUACGGUUAUCAUCCAAUCAAAGAUCCAGUAUUUCCAGGUACAGUUAAUAGUUUCUUACGUUAGUGUUGAAGGUGUGAGAGGAGAAUGGAGCAGAUAUAUAUAUGUGUCUAGGUUCUAUGAUUCUAAAGGUUUACCUGUCACGUCAACUGGAAACCAGAAGAUGAGUGGUUAUGUGGAGGAAGAGGACAAAUCAGAGUCUCCAGUAUCCACUUGUGUGUCCAAACAUCAUCCUCUGGACUUCAAUGAUGAAGCUGGACCCUCAGACCUAAAGAUGGAGGACAGACAAAACAAUGCUGCACCUGACAGACAUAAAGGAGAUCCGUCCACAUCCAAUACAACUCUUGAUGUGUCUGUAGACAACAGAGAGGUUCAGCUGUAUCCUGAUGAUCCAGAGAGGUUGAAGCAGCAGCAGCAGCUUGUGUGCAGAGAGAAUCUGACUGGGACAAAUUACUGGCAGGUCUUCAAACCCAUAGUGCGGGCAGAGUCUGCAAACAUUUCAUACAGGUUCAGGUGUCCUGGUCCAGGUGUGUUCCGUUGCACUUUUACUGGACUGGUGUUUGUUAUGGCUCAGGAGGCAGAGCUGCAGUACAGGACUGUCCAAUGGGAUGAGAGCCUCCUACAUCCAGCUGGCAAGAUGGCUGCAGGGCCGCUGUUCAACAUCCAGAGUCCUGACGGUGCUGUCAGUCAGCUCCACCUGCCACACUGUGAAACCAUGGAUGCUCCACUCCCUGAAGGUGUGCUGUCUGUUGUCCACAUCACUGAUGAUGGAAUGAGCAUCCUGGAGCCGCUGGAGAUUACAGACACUCAUGUGGUUGUGAAUGUCCCUCACCUCUCUGCUUUUGGCCUGGUCUGGGAUUUUGUCAUGAGGUUUGCCAACAUCACACGGACAAUUAAUGGCCAGGUUCUGCUGUUCCUCCGACCUCCGGACACACAUGAUCGAAUACUUGAUGUAUUUCUGCUGCAGGACAACAUUCCUCUGAGUGAGGUUAAAGUCCAGCAAGGAGAAGCUGAGUACAUCAAGAUCGCUUCUGACUGUCAUCUCAGCACUGAUCAAAUUUACAGUGUUCACUGUGAACCUGAGGCCUCCACAGUACAGCCUGAGCAUGUACCAUUUCACACAAAAUAUGGACCAAAUUUCUUCCCAACAUUUGAGGUUUUCCUCACUACAAACCAAGAGAGAGUGACUUUGAUGGUCCAAGACCAAGAGGGAACACAAGUGUGGAAAUGUGUCGUGUGUCUGACAGGUCCAAGAAGGGAAAAUCUACAGCUGAAUCUCCCAGCAGGGGACAGCAUCCCAGCAGAGGAGAGGCUACGCUUAGUUCGGAGACAGUUUGUUAGCAGUGUGUCUGAACCUAAUCUAAACACGCUUCUGGAUAAACUUUUUGAGUGUGGUAUUAUAAAUGAUGAUGAAAUGCAGUCAGAACACAAACAGGAGGAAACAAAGCUCGAGAAGUGAUCGACAUGGUGCGAAGAAAGGGAACUGAAGCCAGCUCAAUUUUUAUUGUCGCCCUCCAUAAAGUGGAUCGAAACCUUUCCAGACUGCUCAAAUUAAGCUGAGUGUGAUGAUAAACAUGUAUAAUAGCUGGCUCUUUUACAGUCUCAGGUUACUUAUUGUUAUCUUUAAAUGAGAUGUUUUGACCUUAAAAGCUGUGUUUUUAAUAAGGGGACUUUCACUCAGGUUGUAAAAAGGGCCUUUAGAAAGAGAUCCAACAAAACUUGGACUACAUUGGAUAGAUUUUGAGCAGAGAACAAUUCCACUUAGAGGUUGUGUCUGCAAAUAUGAACUAAAACAGAUGCUGCUGCUGUUAAAUGAGACCUCAAACAAAAGACUCAAACAGAAGGUUUGUGAGUAAAGCUAUUGGUCUAAUGCAAUAAUUAUAAUUAAAAGUGCAGUCAGACCUUUUUCUAAUUCAAUAUAAAAGCCUUAACUGAGUAGUUACUUAUCCCUCUCAAACAACGAGAAUGAUCACCUUUCUAGAUCUCUGCCGCUUUUUUAGAGCUUUAAGAAGGUACAUUCUUAAGUAGCAUAUGUAACACAUUAAUUUGACAUGUAGAGUUAACUUUGGUGGUUCUGUGUUCAAGUUCAAGAUCUGUGCAGAGAUGGGGUUAACUUUUUACAUCAGCUCUACAUCACUCCACCUAAAUUACACAAAUAAAAAACUCAAAUCUCUCACCUCUCUGCUUCAGAUUUGGCUUAAAUGAAGGUAAAUUCUUACUUUCCACCUGUUCUUUUCCCCCAAAUAUACAGUUUUUGGACAAAUGUAUGCAGUAUUUUUUUUACACAUCCAUGGGCUUAAUUUCCAAGUGGACCCUGAAAUUUGCUUGUCAGGUAACUUCACCAGCUUCAACCUUGGUCAUCAUGACAAAGCUGUUAAGCUCACAGAAAUCUUAUUUAUUAUUGCCGAAUAUGUGUGAUGUGAGAAUGGUAGAAACAAGAGUAAAUCCUUUUACAACAUAGAGCAGUCUUUUAUUGAUUAUAUUAAAAACUUUCCUCUCAACCAGAUUGACCUGUCUUAGACACAUUUAUCUCAAUUUAUUGAAUGUAUUCUGGAUUGCGCCAAACUGAAGAUGAUGUGGUCUGAUGUCAAAUGAAGAAAGAGGAAAGAAAACAUAUCAGCAGGUCAGAGUUUGAAUGUUGUUCCUUGUUUCCACCACUAGAUGGAUACAGAACAUUAUUGACAAACAAAGAGGCUGCACCACCUGAGAGAAAUGAAGGACUGAAAAACAACAGAUCCCUUUUGAGAAAGAUUUUUGAGUUCAAGUUAUACACAGAGUAAAUUAGUGCACAGAUUUUGUGGUGCCAGGGUAAUUAUAGAACCUUUACAUUGAGAAUACAGGAACAAACUGGAACUAAAACAGAAGACGGUGUCUGUUUGACAUUAGCAGUAGUAUUUUAACCCUCAAAUCGCUUCUAAUCUAAUUUCAUAACUUUUCAUUUUUCGGUGGUCCGGGCUUUAAAAAGUAACCUUAGUGCAAAACUGCUGCUUCUAAAAUCUUUUCAUCAACAUCAUCAUUACAUCGUUGUUACACCACAGCCAUCGUCAUCUUCAUCAGUCAUAUCAUCAUCAUAUUUACACUCUAAAAACUUUGGUGUGUAGCAUUUGAACAUUUCUGACUUUGAUGACUCCUUGUAAAAUAAAACUUCUUCUUCAAAAGCUACAUUUUAUACCAUGAGAAUCAUUUGAAAAAUGCUGUAAACACAUGAGACAAGCAGCAAGUUUUAGUUCUGACCUACAUGUGAAACAAAAAUAACAUGAAGUGCAGAAAACAAUAAAGCAUAAACCAACAGGAUUCAUUGAACACCAAGAACAAGGUUCAGUUCAUGAUACAAAUAAAGAGCUUAUAAAACAAACUUUGAACAAAUCAGUCAAAGAAUUACAAAAUGCUUUUUACCUUGGAAAAAGUACACUAGUGUUUACACAAUGACGGCAACAGCAGAGCAACUGAAAGUACCUUGUACCUCACAGUACAGACUCACAGGUUGUUAAAAGGUUUGGUUGGGAAGCUCCAGGUUACAGGAUGUUGAGUUCCUGCAGUGAAAACAGGAUUUCAGAGUCUCCAAUGAACCUUCAGGUGUUUGGACUGUGGGAGGAAUCCCGCACACAUGCAAACUGUCUGUACACAGAAAGAAGCAGCCCACACCCAGUGAUGUGACGACACCACAGAAUUUAUAAUGUACAAAAACAGGCAACAAAACAUCAGACACAAGCAAAAAUCCAGAACUAGACAUCAAGACUCAAAUGUGAAAUCCUCUUCUUUAUUAAACACUCAUGACACAA